UAUCACUCUCUUCAGCAUGAUUUGACAAAGCCAUCCUCACACCAGGUAAGUCGGUGGGCGAGAUGCUCGCAAAGGUUGGCAAAGGAGUGUGACAGAUCUGUGCAAUCUUGUCCGGGAGGAGAGAUGAGACAUUGCAGGUAGCCGAUGCUGGGGCCCCAACCACCUUGAAUUCGCCCAGUGAAUGGCAGAGACUCGGUCCUGCCUGGGUGCUUUUGAUAUCAGGCACCAUCUCCCAGAGGCUGCAUAUGCCCAUCUGCCAUAUCUUAGCGACAUCCCUGAGCCCUCUUGCAGUCGGCUUCACUCUCCUCGUCAUUAAUGUCCUGUGGCCCCCUGUUUGUGCUUUGAAGUCUUUGUCGGGUACAUGCAUGGUGGUUGCUCGUCGGGCUCCAGAAUUCCUUUGUGCUUGCAACCCUUCAUCGGCAGGUGCCCGGUUGCUGAAGCGCACUUUCCUUCCCAACGCUCUGCAGCGGCAACGCCAACGCCAACGCUGUCGUCCUGGAUCGACCACUGCCAGUGCCUGUGAUCCAGUGAUCCAGUGACCCGCCCGGCGCUGGAUCAACCACUGCACUGCCUGAGAAUUGUCCAGCGAUCGGAGCGCUGGAUUGGCCGGCAAUUGUCUUGCCCUGCGAUCUGAUCAGAGCAUCACAGAGGAUCAGGCUGCGAGCAGUGGUCUUCCCAAACGGUCCUAGUGGCCGGGGUCGAUCUGGCGACUCUCCUUCACUGCUAUAAAUUUCUGCCUCGCAUCCUCACUCCUUCAUCUCACUUACCUACUUCCACCGAAUUACCUCUCUUACUCUACCACCAAGUUCCUUCAAGCCUCUAGGUUGCAACUCUUUUGGACCCAGACACCUCGGACUUGGAUACUCGUUACUCUUACUCAGAGCAUUCUAUCCUCCAAACCACUACUUCCCUUCGGUCAUUCAUCAUGAAGAUCGCAGGUGUUUUCGGCCUCAUGGUCGCUGUCUUGGCAGCACUCGGCUUCGCCGUGGCUUCCGUCUCUGGAGACUUCGAAGACAAGGUCAUCGCUGUCUUGCAAGCUCGGGAUUAUCCUCUUGCGGUUCACGAAAUCAAGGAACUCGUCAAACUCAUUCCACGUGACACCGUUACCGUUACUACUACCGCCCUGAGCUGCGCUCCGUACGGACUCCCACCUGUCGCAUCCACCUACUUCUCCACUGAGACUCCUGUCGGUUAUGGCACUACUUCCGUCGAGGUCGGCACUGCGACUUUGACUCCUGUCCCAACCCCAGAAACCUCUGGUAGCACUGUCGCCACUGUCUCAACCGUUUCUACUGUCUCCACCACUGUCGCGACUGUCAAUACCGCCAAUACAGAGACCGCCACUGGUACUACUGCCCAAACUCCCACUGAGAGCUCUACUGGUACCGCCACCGAGACUCCAGCUGAGACCCCUGGCAUUCCGGUGACCACUCCAUCUGUUGGCACUACUCCAGUCACCUCCACUACCGCGGUUGAGAGUAGCACAGUCCCUACCUCCAAGGCCAGUACUCCUGUCGAGACACCCAAGUCAAGCACUGUUGUCGAGACGUCUUCGACUGCAACCCAUACCACCGUGUCCACCACCUCGACUAAUGGUUCGGUCCCUCCAACCUCUAGCACCGGGGUUCCACUUGCUCCCAACAAUGGUGGUGGCACAGUGGGUGUCAAUGUCGGAUUGCUCGGCCUUGUGGCUGCCUUGGCUCUGGCCUAGGUUCGCGGGCUUGUACAUACCCCGACACUCAUUGCAGCUAUGUCUGCCAUGUACCAUACAUGCAUUCAUUGGCAUUUGCAAUGGUGACAGACAUACCAUCUCGAGUUGGAGAUCGAAAAAGAGUCACUGCUAGCUGGUUUAAUGAAAGACAGACAGAUUCGACCACCAAUCAAAGGGCACCAGAAACUGGAUCUGUGUUUUCUUCAAGCUAGGCCAUUUGGUUCGGCAAGAUGAAGCCAUAGGUCAUCGGUGUCAGGUACACCUUGGGUUGGAUCAGGUCUUGAAUCCCUUUGCUAUUGCUUCUAAUACUGGUUCCACGUCACAUUAGGUGGCAAUUGAUCUCAGGGUCAAGGAACCUUAAUAGGUAGCUAAUCAAAUCACAAAACUG